GUUUCAUAAAAUCUUGCCAGCAGCAUUCAUACAGAUACUGAACGUGAAAACCUGUGAUUUCAUUGCAGGGCAUCAUUCACCCCACAAUAAUUUACUCUACAAUGACUAGCCACGGUUCUAAAAGAAAGUGUAGUAAUGAACCAUCUGGCUCAAGUGCAAAGCGACCUACUAAAAGUUCACAGGAACCUAGAACAGGUUCUAAAAGAAAGCGUAGUAAUGAACCAUCCAGCUCAAGUGCAAAGCGACCUACUAAAAGUUCACAGGAACCUAGAACAGAUUUGAUCAUUAAGCAGACAAAGGACAUGAUUAAAAAAAUAAAAAGAAAUAUUUCAAUCCAAGACUCAACUGACUUAAAAACCUAUAUCAUAGACCAGAUUUUAAAUAUGGAUAUGAUGUACAAAUGCAAUACAAACAGGAAGAAGGUAACCAUAGGAAUUUUUGGAAGAUCUGGAGAAGGUAAGAGCUCCCUUCUAAAUGCAGUCCUUGGAGAAAGAUAUCUACUUCCAUCUGGUUCUUCUGGUGCAUGUACAGCCAUUACUACACAAGUGGAAGGAAAUCUGAGUGACUCUGACUACACAGCAGAGAUUGAAUUCAUUACUAAAGAGGUUUCACUUUCAGUUUCAUCAUAUUGUGAUUAUUUUAGUAAGACUAUUAAAAUAACUUGUGAGGUGAAGGUAAUAAUUCUACAUUGUGAAAUGUAUUGCUGUUUGUAUCUUGUAUCUCUGCAGGAGUGGGACAGUCAACUUAAAUAUCUUUUAUUAGAUUUGUCUGAUAAAACUGAGGAAAGAAAUGAUGACUUGACUAAAAUUGCAAUAGAAAAGAUCACUGCACUGUAUGGUGCUAAUAAAUUUAAAAAAACACUGGAUGAGCUCAAAAAAGAUGCUAAAUCUGCUGAAAUUGAAAAACUUUUGCUUAUGAAAAAGAAAACAAUUUCAAAUAUGAAUAGCUCCAACUUUGCCAGGGAGAUUUCACAAUUCAUACAGCAUAGUAGAUCAAAUCCUGGUAACUGGUACUGGCCCAUUGUGAAGAGUGUAACGAUCAAGGUUCCAAACCCACUCCUAGAGCACAUUGUCUUUGUUGAUAUUCCGGGGACUGGAGACUGCAACAAGACUAGAGACAGCCUAUGGAAAUCAAAACUAGCAGAGUGCUCUAUAGUGUGGAUCAUAAGUGCCAUCAACCGAGGCACUACUGAUGAAGACCCCUGGGAAAUAUUAAAACACUGUGUUUACUACAUGACACAAGCAGGAGAGUGCAAAAGCAUUAACUUCAUCUUUACCAAGACUGAUGAUAUAGAUCCAGAAGAAUACAUUAGAAAUGAAUGGCCAAGUGAAGAGGAAAAACCAGACAAGGAUCAGAAAAUAGCAUGUAUACGUAAGAGGAACAUCUCUUCCAAAGAGACAGUGAGAGAAAGCUUUGAAAAUUCUAAAUUGAAGAAAAAAAUGACUCUGAACAUUUUUACUGUAAGCACAAGGGCAUAUUUUGACAAAACAUUAUGCAUGAAACACAGUGACACAGAAAUCCCAAAGUUACAGGAUGUCCUGAAGAAUCUUAACAGCAGUAUCAACAAAGACCUGGCCAGAGAUUAUGUCAAUGAAGCAAAGGGAAUUUUGUCUUUGAUCAAAAGUGUGCAGUCGGAGACAGGCAAUGUGGUUCAGACAGGGGUACACGAAAAAUUUGAGCUGAACCUAUUUAAGGCACUGGAGAAGUUAGGUUGGCAGUUUGACAUGCUUUGUUGUGUUCUGGAAAAGUGUCUCUCAGAUGGAGUGGAAGAGUCAGAGAGAUUAUGUAGUACCAGUGCAUGUUCCAUUAUAUCACCUAAUUUACCUCACGGCAAAGGAGGAUUCCAUAAAAUCCUGAAGGCUUUGUGUAAAAAUGAUGGCUACCACUGGUCAAAUGCAUGGAGUAAAGACUUGGAUCUAAACAUGGAAUUGGCCCAACACAUGCACAAAAACAUUGAGGAGGAGUUUGAUUCAAUUUUUCCAGUUGAUUGUAAAACAGGGAAAUCAGUGCAAGAACAGAUUGAAAAAUUCAGUAUUAUCCAAAGUGACACUGAGCCCUCCAGAGCUUCCAUGAUUUAUCACAUUGACAACUUCAUCAAAAGAGAGGAAAUCAAACUCAAGAUGAGGCUCAAAAGAGAAGUUAUUGAAAGAAAGAAGAAAAUCUCCUUAUCUAUCACAACAACAAUUAAGGAUGCAAUGGUUCCCUAUUAUCAAAAAGCUGCGAAGUUCUCUGGAACUGGAUCCAUGAAGAAAAUGCAGAAUACCCUAACAGAAGCAAUUGAUAAUUUAAAACAUGACAUGUUCAUACAGGCAAAAGCAGAAGCGCUUAGGAAGUUCAGAGAUUUGGAGCAACAUAUAAAAGAUACUCUGGAGUCUGGACUACAGAGAUCAAUACUCUUGCUGUUAAAAACUGGCAAAAUCAAACUGGAUGUUGUUGAAGACAUUAAAGAGCUUGAGAACCUGUUACAACAACUGAGUGACUGAGGAAAAAGCAUGCAGUACAAUUCACAUGGAACAAGGGACGUUUCACUCUUCAGUUCAUGUUUUUACAGCUUAUAUAUAUAUAUAUAUAUAUAUAUAUAUAUAUAUACAGUGCUGCUUGAAAGUCAUUUAGUCUUUGUCAUUUAGUUAUUGAGAAAAAUGAUCCAGUGUUAAAUAUUUGCGAGGUGUAAAAUUUUGUGAAUCUUUGCUUUCAGUAUCUGUUACGACCCCUUUUUGAAGCAAUAACUCCAGCUAACAUUAAUCAACUAACUGCUGAUUAGUCCUGCAUAAGGAAUUUUAGCCCAUUCUUUAGUACAGAAACACUUGAACCCUGUGAUGUUGGUGGGUUUCCUCCUAUGAACUGCUUACUUCAGGUCCUUCCACAACAAUUUAUUUGGAUUAAGGUCUGGACUUUGACUCUGACUCAUUACCUUUGUUCUUGUUUAACCAUUUUUUAGUAGAAUGACUUGUGCUUGCGGCCGAUAUCUUGCUGCAUCACCCACUUUUUUCUUUAGAUUUUAGUUAAUGGACAGAUGUCCUGACAUUUUCCUUUAGAAUUUGCUGGUAUAAUUCAGAAUUUAUUGUUCCAUCAAUGAUGGCCCAGAUGCAGCAAAACAGGCCCAAACCAUGAUGCUACCACCACCAUGUUUCACAGAUGGGAUAAGGUUCUUCUUAUGCUGGAAUGCAGUAUUUUUCUUUCUCCAAACAUAACAGCUUUUAUUUAAACCAAACAUUAUAUUUUGGUCUCAUCUGUCCACAAAACAUUUCUCCAAUAGCCUCUGACUUAUCUACAUGAUCUUUAUCAAACUGCAAUCAGGCAGCAGUGUUUUUUGGAGAGUUGUGGCUUCCUCCUUGCGACCCUGCCAUGCACACUGUGGUUGUUCAUUGUUUUCCUGAUAAUGGACUCAUAAGCUUCAACAUUAACCAAUGUGAGAAAGGCCUUUAGUUGCUUAGAAGUUACCCAGAGGGUUCUUUGCAACCUCAGACACUAUUAUCUUGCUUUGGAAUGAUCUUUGUUGGUUGACUUCUGGGUAGGGUGACUGUGGUGUAGAAUUUCCUUUAUUUGUACACAAUCUGUCUGACAGUGGAUUUGUGAAGUCCAAACUUUUUAGAGAUGGUUUUGUAACCUUUUCCAGCCUGAUGAGCACCAACAACUCUUAAUCUGUGGCCCUCAGAGAUCUCCUUUGUUUGUGUCAUAAUUCAGUUACACCUAAUUGUCAUCAUAUUAACUGAAAACACUUCUGAACAGAUAGCCUCGAAUUUUACCUUAAAAUGAACUGGUAAUCCUAGAGAUUCACAUACUUUUGCAAUUCACAAAUAUUUAACACUGGAAGAAAUUUCAUAAUAAAUAAAUGACAGUAUAUAUUAAGUAUAUUUUUCAUCUGAUUUGUUUAAUUGGGUCCUCUUUGUCAAUUUUCAAAAGUUGUGUGAAAAUCUGAUUAACUUUUUGGUCAUAUUUAUGCCAAAAUAUAGAAAAUUCUAAAAGGUUCACAAACUUUCAAGCUAUCAAUAUAUAUAAAAUCUAACAAUCUAACACUUUUUCCUCCUAUGCUUGUGAUCAUUACCCUUAAUAUAUUUCUUCUUUUGGGAUUAUGUUAUUUUAUACAUUGUUUAAGAAUGGGGAUUAAAUGUAUAUAAUGAAGUUGUACAUGCUACCAAGUUUGACUUGGUACUAAAUGUUUAGCUUUAAAAGCUAAAAAGCUUUAUCUGCUUGAAGUGGUUUGCUAGUUUUUAAAGGAAACCAGGAAAGAAAAGAAAAAAGAUGCUGUUAUAUUAAUAACAUUUUCAUUUUCAUUCUCAAAUAUUAAUACACAGACGUUAAAUAAUUGUUUUAUAAUGACAAGUUUUGGAAUUAUAUAUUAGCAGUGAAAGCAUGGUAAUUCUACCUAAUUUCUGUAUACUUUGUAGUAUACUGCAUAUGCUGUAAGUGCCAUAUUAUGGCAGUUUGUGAAAUGAAUACAUCAAUAAAUCAUUGAAACAAUAAA